AUGAUUUAUGCAGAAAAUGGAGACAAAGUUUCUCCAAAACCCACAUCAAAGAACGCUGGCUCUGAUGAUAAUGAGGUCGACGAACCAGCGAAGAAAAAGAUGCACCUUGAUGAAUCUGCUAGUAAUGGGAUUUCUACUAGUGAAAAUAUGCGGAAUGAUUUGUCAAAGAUCUCCUCUCAUCAGCUGUCUGAAGAAUUUCUUAAUUCUCCCAUCUUAAAUGAAUUCAUGGAUCCUGUUUUGUUCGAACGUUUGAAAGGAACCAUUAAGCUGCGAUUACAAGGUUCUGUUUCCCAAGCUGUAAAAGGCUUGUUAAAUGCGACACAAAGUUCAAUUGAAGAAGGUAACCGCUUAAAGAAAAUAAAUAAUGACUUGCAACGUCGGAUUAGAAAGGUUGAAAAAAUUACACAGAAAGUCAAAGAACUGGUUUCUGAAAGAAUUUCUUCUGCUGCUGCUUCUUCUUCAAACAAUGACUAUCAUGUUUUCGAACCAUCCACAAACGGAUCUAUUGUAAAUACUCUCUCAGGUGCUCGAUCAAAUUGUGAAGCUCCUCAACCCAUAUCUAAUGAAACACAGAUGAAUAUAGUCAUUGAAACUGCUCCUUUACCCGAACUUGAACGCAAUAAUAUUCUUUACGAAUCUGCCCUUCCCCCUUUACAGCCUCCCCUUCGAAUAUCUUUCCAUGUAUCAUCUGGAGAAACGCAACUCGCUUUCGAAAUUGUUAAAACUGAUUUUGCGUAUGAACCCGCGGAGUCUUAUGAGUUGUACAGCUAUGCAUCUGCAGACGUUGAUCCUCAGAUUGGUCUCACAAGUGCUCUUUGGCAGCGGGUGGGAGGAAUUGAGGCCAUACCUCUCCCGAUAAUGUGCAAAUUGGACUACCUGCAGCCGGGCAAUGUUUAUCACUUUGCAGCCUUUUCAAUUGAUAAGUAUAGGAGAAUGUCUGAGUGGUCCAAUGUAGCAACCUUACCGGUGGGAUUCCCUACUUAA